AUGCUAAUAAAAGCACACAGACUUUUAUCAGCAUGCAUUCAACUAGCUGAGCUAUCUGGGAACAUAAUAAAAAGCGUCCACAGUGAUGGCGCCUUACAAACUGUCUAUAAAGGUCAUAAUGAUCCUUGCACAGUUGCUGAUAUCAAUGCACAAAAGAUCAUCAUGGGCACUCUCUACAAUUUAUUCCCUGGCAUUAAUAUUAUUGGCGAAGAACAAGUAGAAUUAGCAGAAUCUGACAUAAAACAAGUAAAUUUAGACUUAAUUCCUGAAGAAAUUUUCCCUGCUGAAUUAAGAGACCUCGAUAUAAACAAACUAGUGCUAUGGGUUGAUCCUUUAGAUGGGACUUAUAACUUUACUAUUGGAGAACUUAUCGGGGUGACAACUUUGAUAGGGAUCGCAUACGAAUCUAAUGCAAUUAUGGGGAUCAUUCAUCAUCCAUUUGCUGAUAGAUCACCUACAUAUUGGGGAGGUCUUGGAAUAGGUAUUCACUCAUGCUUUGGAGAUUUUAAUGAAAAUAGCUUCAUAAAGCCAAAUGAUUUUUCAGUAGUGCAAACCAAGCAUUGGCAAAUCCCUCAUGGUGAAGCAUUUUUUAAGACUUUAAAUGCUGAAAGAAAUUUAUACGCAGAUGGGACUGGGUAUGACUCAGUAUUAGUAAUAUCAGGAAACGCAUCUACUUAUGUAUUCAAUAGAGAACUGACAAGCAAAUGGGAUACAUGUGCAGGAGAUGGAAUUUUGCAAGGAAUUGGAGGAUUUGUCACUGAUUUAAAUGGACAAAAAAUUUUAUAUGAUAAAGAUCAGCCAAUAAAGAAUAAAGACGGAGUUGUAAUGAGCUCAAAAAGAGAAGACGCACAAAGAGUAAUUGAAGCUUGGAGGGAAUUUAAUAGUCAAAAUUAA